AUGCCGCCCCGGAAGGGCAGUCCAAAGGUCAAGACGGGCUGCCGGACAUGCAAAGCCCGCAAGGUGAAAUGCGACGAGGCCAAGCCGAAAUGCGUGCGCUGCACAUCCUCCGGCCGCCAGUGCGCCGGCUACGAGCCGACCAUCGAACACGGCCUCGCCUGGUACCGCCCGCAGCAGCUCACGGCCCACGACCAGCGUGAGGGCCGCGCCUUCCAGUUCUUCUCGCACAUGGUCGGGCCCGUCCUCUCGGGCCCGACGGACUCGUACUUCUGGACGCACCUCGUCGUACAGUUCUCCCACUUCGAGCCCGCCGUCCGCCACGCCGUGCUCGCCAUCAGCUCGCUGUACGAGGACUUCCACGAGGGCGAGCGCGUCACCCGCCAGAAGAAGGGCAACGCCUUCGCCAUCAGCCAUUACAGCGCCGCCAUCGAGCGCAUCAAAGGCACCCAGGACGAGCAGCUCAUGCUGCUCGUGUGCGUGCUCUUCGUGUGCGUCGAGUACCUCCAGGGCGACGUCGAGGCCGCGCUGCGCCACUGCAAGCACGGCAUUUUGAUCCUGAAUAAGGUCGGCUGCCAGUCGUGGGCGCGCGAGUACGUGAUGCCCAUCUUCCGGCGGCUGAGCUUCAUCUCGUUCUUCCUGGGCGCGAAGCCCUCUGAGGACGCGCUCGUGCCGGGGCUGAUCGGCUUCGAGGCGCCGAUGCCGCCGCGCUUCGAUAGCGUCGAGGAGGCGCAGAGCGCGAUCGACGACAUCACGGUGCACGCGAUCGAGCUGCUCGCGAAGGGCGACGAGAGCGGCAAGCAGCCGCUGCAGACGCGGCUGCAGGAGUUCCACGGCAAGGUGUGCGAGCUGGAUGCGACGGUGCCGCCGCAGGAGAGCUCGAAGAAGAUGGCGCUGUGCGGGAUGAAGAUCAAGGCGGAGAUGGCGCGGAUACAGGUCAACACGAUCGACGGCGAGGGCGAGAUGCGGUACGACGAGUGGGCGGACAGUUUCCGGCGGAUCGUGGCGCUGGGGAAGCAGGCGGCGGAGAUGAAGGUCGCGUUCCCGAGCGAGCGGCCAAGGGCGAGUUUCACGUUUGAGCAGGGCUUCCUGUCGAUGAUGGGGUUCGUGUCCAUCAAGUGCCGGGAUUUGCAGACGAGGUUGGAGGCGAUUGACCUGAUGACGAAGAUUCCCGCGCCGAAGGAGGCGCUGUUGGAUGUCGGCACGUUGUACCGCGUCGGUCGGCGCGGCGCGGAGAUCGAGCACGGGGUGCUGCUGGAUGACGGCGUGUUGGAGCGGAAUCCCGUGGCGAUGGCGAAGCUGUCGUUCCCGCCGGAGGAGAAGAGAUUGAUCGGGGCGCCGAUAGAGCACGAGCUGGACGUGAUCAAGAACGAGGACGGCACGACGUCGUACCGGAGGACGGUGCACUUCCUGAAGAAGGAUGCGGAUGGGGUGGUUCACGACCAGACGGAGUACCUCCUGGACCAGAAGCCUGGCCAGGUGGUGGUGCCGGAUCUGCCAUUUUUUUAA